GAAGGCGCCCGGGUCUUCGGGGCCCUGGGUCCCAUCGGGCCCUCCUCGCCUGGGCUCUCCCUCGGGGGGCUGGCUGUCAGCGAGCACCGGCUCAGCAAUAAGCUGCUUGCCUGGAGUGGCGUCCUGGAGUGGCAGGAGAAGCGCAGACCCUACUCUGACUCCUCAGUGAAGCUGAAGCGGACCCUGCCGUGCCAGGCCUAUGUGAACCAGGGCGAGAACCUGGAGACGGACCAGUGGCCACAGAAGUUGAUCAUGCAGCUGAUCCCACAGCAGCUGCUGACCACGCUGGGCCCCCUGUUCCGCAACUCCCAGCUGGCACAGUUCCACUUCACCAACAGAGACUGCGACUCGCUCAAGGGGCUCUGUCGUGUUAUGGGCAACGGCUUUGCCGGCUGCAUGCUGUUUCCCCACAUCUCCCCCUGCGAGGUGCGCGUGCUCAUGCUCCUCUACUCGUCCAAGAAGAAGAUCUUCAUGGGCCUCAUCCCCUAUGACCAGAGCGGCUUCGUCAACGCCAUCCGGCAGGUCAUCACCACCCGCAAGCAGGCAGUGGGACCUGGUGGUGUCCACUCGGGCCCCGUCCAGGUCGUCAACAACAAGUUCCUGGCGUGGAGUGGAGUCAUGGAGUGGCAGGAGCCCAGGCCUGAGCCCAACAGUCGGUCCAAGAGGUGGCUGCCAUCACACGUCUAUGUGAACCAAGGGGAGAUCCUGAGGACUGAGCAGUGGCCAAGGAAGCUGUACAUGCAGCUCAUCCCGCAGCAGCUGCUGACCACGCUGGUGCCGCUCUUCCGGAACUCGCGCCUUGUGCAGUUCCACUUCACCAAGGACCUGGAGACACUGAAGAGCCUGUGCCGCAUCAUGGACAACGGCUUUGCUGGCUGCCUGCACUUCCCGCACACGGCCCCCUGCGAGGUGCGCGUGCUCAUGCUCCUCUACUCCUGCGAGAAGAAGAUCUUCAUUGGCCUCAUCCCCCAUGACCAGAGCGGCUUCAUCAACGGCAUCCGGCGCGUCAUAGCUAACCAGCAGCAGGUCCUGCAGCGGAACCUGGAGCAGGAGCAGCAGCAGCGAGGGAUGGGCGGGUAGAGGACCCUGGCCGGGCCCUCCAGGAGUCACAGACGAGGCCCCAGCGAGACUGGUCAGAUGCAGGGGCCCUUGGGGAACCACAACUGCCCCGCAACAUGGAGGACCGUAUCCUGAGGUCUCCAAGGACAGCCCCACCCGUUUCCCCAAUAAAGUGUUUUA